AUGUUGAACAGUCUUAAGACGGGUGGGGCAUUUGUGAUAAAACCAUCUAAGACACGUUCAGGUAGAUUUUUGGGAUCUCUUUUAGCAAGUAUGGCGGAGGUUCACCUAAAACAGGUUCAUUUGGAAGCAUUAGAAUGUCACAAAGAAAAGUUCUGAGAAGUACAACAAAAUCAAAAUCAAGCACAAGCAAUAGCACUAAAAAUAAAAGUGGGACUGGAGCACCAAGAUUAGGUAUGCAUCAAGCAACUCCACCGUUUCUUGGAUCAAGACCGAAAGACACUAUU